AACAGAUUAUAAAAAUGAAAAUCCUAUUAUUCAUAGCAUUGGUGUCUAUAGUGAGCGCACAGUUUGACGAUUUUGAUAUCGAAGACUAUAAAGAUGUGGUCAAUUCACGAAACUUUACGGGAAAAGUAGUUUUGGUGACCGGUUCCAGCUCUGGCAUCGGGGAGGGGAUCGUCAAACUGUUCUCUAUAUUAGGAGCCAAUGUUGUGGUCACCGGUAGGAAAGAUACAGAAGUCCAGAAAGUAGCCAAAGAAGUGGAGGAAUUGUCACCAAAGAAACUAAAGCCGUUACAAUUGGUCGGAGAUCUCACCAAAAGUGAAGUCAUCACCACUUUAAUCGCAAACACUAUCAAAACUUUUGGCAAAUUAGAUGUUUUGGUGAAUAACGCCGGCAUUUAUCCCGUGACAGAGAUUCAUCAAAAAGAUUUAUUACAAGUUUGGGAUCAGGUCUUCAACAUAGACUUGAGAGCAGUCGUGGAACUGAUCCACGAAUCGGUUCCACAUUUGGAGAAAACUAACGGCACUAUCAUUGAAAUCUCGAGUAUCGCUGGCAUUCAACCCAUAUCGACUUCACUGGCAUACUGUCCCGCAAAAGCCGGCUUAGAUAUGUUGACUCGAGUACUGGCCCUCGAAUUGGGACCCAAAGGCAUUCGUGUCAACACUUUGAAUCCUGGUGUUACUAAUGUAGCAAAAGUGGACUCCGAUAGGACUAUAGACGAUAUCAUACCAUUGCAUAGAGUGGGACAACCAUUAGAUAUCGCCAAAGGGGUGGCAUUCCUGGCCUCAAGUGAUGCCUCAUUUAUAACCGGCGCUAAUCUGGUGGUCGACGGCGGACUCGUCUACAAUUUGGGCGCACUUUUUGUUAGGGCAAACUUUGGUGACUUCGAUGUCGAUGACUAUAAGCAAGUAACAAAGUCUCGUAAUUUCACGGGCAAAGUGGUGGUGGUGACCGGAUCCAGUGAGGGCAUCGGACACAGUAUUAUAGCCCUGUUCUCCAUACUAGGAGCUCAUGUAGUCGUCACCGGUAGGAACGAGACAGUGGUUAAGGCUGUGGCCAAAGAGAUGCAACACUUAUCGCCAUAUCAUCUGAAGCCGUUGGAGUUUGUCAUGAAUUUUGCCGAAAGCGAACACAUCCAGGAACUGGUGGUCAAUACCACCGACACCUUUGGGAAGAUUGAUGUGUUGGUGAAUGCGGUGGACAUCAGCACUGCUACGGACAUCACCAGCAGAAACCUGUUGAAGGUUUGGGACAUUAUUUUUAACGUCAACUUAAGGGCAGUCGUAGAACUCAUUCACUACUCGGUUCCACACCUCAUGAAGACUAACGGGACAGUCAUUAACGUGUCCAGCAUUGGCGGCAUCGCACCGGUAGCUUAUUUAACCAGUUAUUCUAUCGCCCCAUACCUGGCCUAUGCACCGGCAGAAUCGGCACUGGAUAUGAUGACCCGGGUAUUGGCUCUCGAGUUGGGACCCAAAGGCAUACGAAUUAACACAAUUUCGUGA